AUGCCGCUCCCCUAUUCCACGCGGCUUUACUCAAGCGGGUCCAUCACAGCUCCUCGCCUACAUGGAGCUGGGAGAAAAAAUACGAAUUUAAAAACGCAUCUCCAAGUCUCCGCUAGGACACGGGAGUCCUGGGAGCACCGCUCGUCUCUCUACCGGCGGAGUCAAGGGCUGACGCCCGGACUACAGCUCCCAGCGUCCUUUGCAAAGACGCGUUGUCGAGACAACGACCAAAGGGCGUCCUCGGGGCGCGGGAGCGCCGGCCCCUCCCGCCGCGUGAGCCGCGCUUCUCUCGCGAGAGCCACGCUUAAACUGCGGCAAACUCUCGCGAGAGGGGCGCGCGGGGCCGUCAUGUCGGCGGCGUGCGGCGGCGAUGGGCUGUUCGCGCUGGAGGUGCUGGUGGAGGCGGUGCGGGUAGCGGCCUCGGGCCCCGCGCUGCGUCCGGCCGUGGCGCUGCGCCUCCUCGGUUUCCCUACCCUUCUGCUGCGCCCCGCCGCCUCCGCCCCGCCGCUCCGGCCCGGCCGGGCCUUCCCCUUCGGCCGCGGCAAACGCUGCCUCUUCCGCUGGCGCCGCGACUCGCUUUGCGCCGCGCUCCGCCGCCAGCCGCUCCGCGCCCUGUUGCUGGCGCUGCCAGCCGGGCUCGCUCCGGAGUCCCCCCGCCUCCUAGGCAGCUGCAACGUCUCGCUGGCCCCCGCCGCCGCCGAGGUGCCGCAGCGGCCCGAGGAGCCUGUCCGCUGGGGCCGCCGCGGCCGCUUCCCGCUCAGGGACGCGGCGGGCCGCACGGUCGGGGAGCUGGUGCUGGGCUUCCGCCUCAGCAGCCUGGAGACCGGGGAACGGUCGGGCCCCACCACGCCGCCCCGCGCCUCUCCUGCGCCGGAGGACGAGGAGGAGGAGGAGGCGGAUGAGGAGGAAGAAGAAAAAGAGCGAGGCGAGGAGGACGGCAACAUCAUCUGCCCUCCCGUGCUGUAUUACAGCCGUGAGCCGGCUGAGCCUCAUCUGCCACCAGCAGCAGCCAUGGGGUGCUGGCAGCAUGUGGUACAAAGCCCACAAGAGCAAAGUGAGGUCCAGAGCCCCCCACGCCCCAGUGGUGGGCCCUCCUUGCUACAGCCCAGCAGCCCCCAGCAACUCCACAGCACCCUGGCGCAGUUGCCGCUGCUCAGUGCCUUGCUGGCAGAGCUGUCUGUGCUCACCCGCUCUGCUACACCUGCUGCUGUCCAUCCACAUCUGGCCUGGCUCUAUCAGGCCCCAGGGGACUGUGGCAAGGGUCCACGGCCAUCCAGCCAUUCCCCUGCCCUCAAGCCUGCAGAGGUGCCGGUGAGGCCAAGCAGGAGCAGUGAAGCUACCAGCUCUCAGUUCAAGCAAAGCCAGCAGCAGACUACCUUACCAGGGUCUUCUCAGGCUAGGAAAAGAUCUAAGAAAGCUGCACCCCAUGAAGAGACAAAAUCUGAAAAAAACUUCAAAACUAAGGAAAACACACCUCCCAGAAGGAAACUGUUGUAUGGGCUGACAAAUACACUGAGGUUACGGCUGCAGCAAAACAAUCCUGAUAAGCUGAUACAGCUUGAAAGGAGAGAACAGUACAGAAAAAAGCAAGUAGAGAUGUUGAAGGUGAGAAGCCCAUUAUCCAAAAGAAAGCUGCUCAAAAAUGCUGAAGAACAGUGUAUGGUUUCUCACAGGCAGUGUUCCAAGGGAGACAGUUCAAAGCAGAAUGGUCAGGUUGAUGAAACUGUUGAGACUUCAUUACAAAACAAUGCUCUCAAUGAGUACUUUUCUGGUACAGGUGUUUUUCCUGACCUACAGAAGCAGUCUGCUGAAAGUCCGAUGAGGAACAAUGGGUUUGCAAGCAAAGAACAUCCAUGCAAAUCAACAGUAGCCUCCUUACAGGAGAAAACUAUAUUAAAGUUUACUCACAAAGAAAAGGACUUGAAAGUUCAGCUCCCAGAAGCUUUCGCAUCAGAUGCUAGUGUGAAGGGAAGCAAUGAUAAUGAGGAAGCAAUACACUUCAUCCAUCCUAAAAUCAUGGAGCACGAUAAUUCCUCUGUUGCAAGUGAUCAGAAACGAAGCCCCAGCAGAACUGCUGAAAAAAGCUCUGAAUUCAUAUACUCAGAUGACUUUGUUGCUAGUCCUGACAACAUAGUUUAUUCAGAAGAUUUCACCAGUGCUGAGUGUACAGACAGAGACUUGGAAGCUCUUGACAGCAGUCCUGAACCUCUCUGGCUUGAAAGCCCAAACCGACCUUGGUCAGAUACAGAAGUGGAAUCCAGCAGGUCCAGAGUUUCAAAAGCAAGUGAAAGAGCUGAAAGUACGUCAGAUCUUCUGCCAAUGCAUUCAUCUUCAUCACCAGUCUCUUCUUUGAAGAGAAACCAUGGCUUGAAAAACAGCAAAGGAACUGGUGGUGAAUCUGUUGAUUUACUUAAUGACACCUCUCUCUGGGCAGGAUUAUUAGAUGAAGAGCAGGAAGCCCAUCAGGUUGAUAAGGAAGAGAACAGAGUUGAUGAGCAUAUUAAACAAGCAUCUAUACUGAGAAGUGAGCAAGUUAGCUCUGAUACUGAUCUGAAUAUAGGAAAAGGGCAGACCUCUGCAGAAAACAGUCAGUCAGUAACUGAAGUGUGCUCCUACUUACCACGUAACUUGUCUGGUCUUGAACUUAGUGAUGUGGAAAACAGUAGGUCUGGCAAAGAUGAUGAUGUUUUGGGAGACCUACAUACUCAAUACAAAGAUAUCAGUGAACUUGUAAUAAACAAUCUUCCAGGAUACACAGUGUAAUUUUAAGUUGUCACUGUCUGGAUUAAA